AGAACAAAUGAGUGUUGAAUGUAUAAAUUAAAUGUAAGUUAGACCAGUUGCACGGAUACACGCAUGGACUCCGUCUACACGAACGGACAUGGAGAACGAAAAUAAUAAUAAUUGUUUAAGUGAUAGUGACAAAGUUGUCGAAAACAAUGUCAGUGAAAAUGAACAAAAUAAUGGAGACGCACCAAAAAUCAAAAGACAUUCCAGUGUUUCUUCUGAUAGCAGCAGUGCUACAGAAAAAAGAUCGAGAAUAUCGAAUUUAUUUCGCUCAAGCGUAAGAAGUAAAAAGAGCAAGAAUCCUCAAUCGGUCGCUACAUCAAAUGGGGACUACGAUAAAGCUAUCGUUCCUGUCACUGAAAAGAAGAGUCCUUUAUUUACACAUAAAGAUUGGACUACGAUAGUUAGUGUGGUUUUGGUUGAAGCAAAAGGUCUCCCUGUGCCACCGACAGAUGGCACAUCUCACAAGUUAUAUUGUAAAUUGAGGUUGGGCACGGAGAGUAUGAAAUCUAAAUACGUACCGAACACCCCCCAUCCAGAAUGGAAGGAAUGGUUUCAACUUCGCUUGCACAAGGACAAUUUAUUGAAGCUAUCACUAUGGGACAAAGGAAAACAGAAGAAUUUUAUGGGCAGUACAGUCCUAGAUUUAACCCACCUGGAACGUGAUCGUACCCACGAGGUGUGGCAGCAGCUGGACGAUGGUUUCGGCACUGUACACUUUUCAGUGACUCUGUGCAAUGUGAAAGACAAUUCUGCGACUGAAUCCGACGAUGCUUCUCUAACUGAAGGUGUCAUACGAACUAAGCAUGCGAUACAUAAUUUGAAGAGCAACUGGAAAUUGGUAGGUCAAUUGUAUGUAAAAGUGAUCGGAGCCAGAGGUCUCAGUGGUAAACCUCAUGCGUACUGUACCUUGGAAUUGGACAACGAAAGAGUUCAGACUCACAGCACCAGCUCCAGCUCAGAACCUGUUUGGAACAAGAGCUAUGUGUUUAAUGUAUACGAUGUCACCUCUACCCUGGAUCUGAAAGUAUACGAUAGUUCAUUGGUGAUGGCGCUGCGGAGUGACUCGUUAGGUAGGGUCUCUAUACCCUUAUUAAAAAUCCAGAACGGAGAGCCUACGUGGUUUGCACUGAAAGAUCGGACCAAACGGCACAGCGCUCGCGGCAACUGUCCAAGAGUUCAACUGGAGAUGACAAUGUUUUGGAAUCCAGUGAAAGCUACAGUCAGACUAUUCCAACCGCAGGAGGUGAAAUAUUUGAAGAAACCUCCUAAAUUCGAUAUACCACUAGUCUACAGUAACAUGGAAUUCAUCAGGGACACGUUUCACGCACUUUUCGAGAUAAACGAACAAUACAAACGUUUAUUUGAAUGGGAAAACAGAGAGUUAUCCUUCACGGUACUUGUCUGUUGGCUAGUCUUUUGGUAUUACUUCAGACUAUGGGCCACACCGCUGUUGCUACUGCUUCCGUUCGUAUACUUUUGGAUAUCACAAACGCAACAAACUGAAUGGCCGAUAACGCGUUCCGUCAAUGUUGUCGAAGAUAACCCCGAUCAACAUGAUGAUGAUAAGAGCGAAAAGGGAUUAACGGGAAGAAUUAUGGGACUUCAGGAGAUGACACUCACCAUUACUGGUGGCGUCGAGUACUCAGUAUCCUUAGUCGAAAGAGUUCAUAAUUUGGCACGUUUUAAAGUACCGUUCCUGAGUUACCUGACAAUGAUUCUUCUCGUCGUGUCAUCAAUAGGAUUUUACCUGAUUCCAUUCAACUAUAUGAUGAUGGCGUUUGGUAUUUAUAAGUUCACGAGGAAGUACCUGAAUCCAAAUAGAACGUUAAAUAAUGAUCUCUUGGAUUUCAUAACAAGAGUGCCUGAUAAUGAAAUUCUGAAAGAUUGGAAGGAGCUUAAUGUACCCGAGCCUUCAGUGAAGCGGCAACCGGUAACACAAGGGCAGCUCUCAAUAUCUGAUAGAUAGUUAAAUCACAAAACAAAAUGUAUUGCAUUAAAUAUGCAAAUAAAACGUAUAUACUUAUAGUAUCACAAAUAUUUAGCUAUGUUAAACACUUUAGAGAUAUUCUAAUGUUAGUACUUACUAUAGUAAGAUUUAUAAUUAGCUUUCUGUAUAUUUAUUUUUUAUUUUAAUACCAUGGAUAUUUUGUAAUGAGAUUAUAAAAUACAUUAGAUAAGUUUUUAUAAAAAUAAAACAAAUUUCUCCAUAUUAUUAGUCUAUUAUUAAUUUAGUCCUUAAAACUAGGGAUCACAAUGGCAUUAUAAAUAUAAACUAUAAUUUUGUAGCAGAUUUAUUAACAAUAUCACAAUUGAAUGCCACUCAGUUAUUUGACGUGACAUUUUUUUUAUUAAAGUUGAAAUGUGAUGAUAUUGUGAUAGUUUAAGUAUAAAGUCAGAAUUCUGUUAAAAAAGAAAAAAAUAGAAGUAAAAAUCGUAGUAUAUUGUUGAUACCACUUUAAAAAUAGAAUAAUUUCUAUACACUAUCUAUAAAUGCAGUAAAAAUUUAUUUGCAUUCAAUAUGACUAUUUUUUAUAAGCUAUUGCAUUAAAUAAUGCUAUUACAUAUUAUUAGUGUUUUUUUUUUCAAUACUUUUUCAGUAAAUUGUACGAUAGCUUAAUACUUAAACACUUUAACAACAAGACAUGUUAAGCCAACCUCGAAUGAAUUUGAAACCAGGGCAGGCUUAAGAAAAGAGAUGAUGCCAAUUUUUAUUUAUACUAUAUACCUUAAAUUUAUUUCCAGUCUUGUUAUAUUAACAAGGUACCCACUUCCUGCUAUCCUUCUGAAUUCCCUGUUUUAGUUAAACUUACGUGAGUAUAUACUUAUCUGUUAAGUGCCUAAUGUUUGAGAACAUAAUUUGCAUUUGGAAUUCGUUGAUAGGUCCUUGGUAAUUUUGGACUUCAACCGUUGACUAUCAUUUUGUUAAUUGAUUUUUUAAUAUCACUAAAAUUCAUUUUCAAAUGUCUAACAAGUAAUAAAUACCUAUAAUAAUUUAUCGAUGUACUCAGAUGAUUGUUACGCUCAUAAGUUGCCACAUACGGCACUAAGUACAUUCAGAGCCAUAAUCACAGUACUAGCAGUCUAUAUUUUUACAGUUAGAUGUAAAUUUUUACAAGUUAAUUUUGGGAGACAUUUUCAUGUAUCUUGUCAAAGGUCGACGAUCUUUUCCUCGUGAAGCUACGUCGGACGGAGUUCGGCUCUGGAACUUUUAAUUCCCGCCAUCGUUUCUGAAAUUUAUUCCAUAUUACGUACGAUUAGCAUUUAGAUCUAAUAAAUAAGUUUCUUACUAUAAAAAUAAAUGUAAAUUGACUUUAUUGUCUUAAUAUUUUUCGUUGUUCGAAAAUUAAAAUUGCCUAGAAU